GAGACCAGGGCACCAGAUUCUGCUACACAUGCUCUGAAAGUUACGGAAACAAUUGUAAAGGAUGUAGUCUGUAACACUGGCAAGAAAUCCUUCAGCUUCUUCAAGUGUAGGAAUAGAUUUUACGACAAGGGCUUUCUUAAGAGACACAUGAUGUGUAAUUAUGGAAAGAUUUCCUUGAGCUGUUUGGUUCCGAAGAAAUGUUUGAGAGUGAAGAAAAAGGUGGAUUCACAGAACAGAGUCCAAAUGGGAGAGAAACGAUUUGGAUGUGAUGUUUGUGGGAAAAGAUUUACACUGAAGGGAAAUCUGAAGAAUCACAUGAGAGUUCACACAGGAGAGAAACGAUUUGGAUGUGAUGUUUGUGGGAAAAGAUUUACACAGCAGGGAAGGCUGAAGACACACAUGAUAGUUCACACAGGAGAGAAACCAUUUGGAUGUGAUAUUUGUGGGAACAGAUUUACACAGCAGGGAAGUCUGAAGAUGCACAUGAGAGUUCACACAGGAGAGAAACCAUUUGGAUGUGAUGUUUGUGGGAAAAGAUUUACACUGAAGGGACAUCUGAAGACACACAUGAGAGUUCACACAGGAGAGAAACCAUUUGGAUGUGAUGUUUGUGGGAAAAGAUUUAAAGUGCAGGGAGAUCUGAAGACACACAUGAGAGUUCACACAGGAGAGAAACCAUUUGGAUGUGGUGUUUGUGGGAACAGAUUUACACAGCAGGGAAGUUUGAAGAGUCACAUGAGAGUUCACACAGGAGACAAACCAUUUGGAUGUGAUGUUUGUGGGAAAAGAUUUACACGGAUGGAAAAUCUGAAGAAACACAUGAGAGUUCACACAGGAGACAAACCAUUUGGAUUGGAUGAUGUUUGUGGGAACAGAUUUACACAGCAGGGAAGUCUGAAGAAACACAUGAGAGUUCACACAUGAUAAAAAUGUAUCUUUUAACUUUUUUGUGAAAGAUGAAUUGCCUAAAUACGUAUGCUGUCAGGAACCACUGCAGUUUUCAUUGUCUUAUGUUUUCUUCUUUGUUUAUAAAUGAAAAGAAAGGUGAAAUAGGGGGAACAGUAGACCUUCUGUAUGAAAGGAAACUAAAUCAAUGGGUUUGUUUUUUCUUUCUUGGUGUGUUACUGAAACUGUUGUAACAUUUUAUUUACAGACCCAUAACUUUUUGUAUUUCCUAGAAAUCUGAUGAAAGUUACUGAUAAUAAUAAUAACUCCCUAAAUGAUAGUUAUCAUCGGGAAAGUGUGAACAGUCUUUUUUACUUUUGUCUACAGGUCAGCAUUCAGUUUAACAUAGUUUUCUUGAAAUAAAUGAAGAGAAACAUCAAACAUG